AGAUGAGGUGUGUUGACUGAACAUACGAACUCAAAUUGAAAAUCUAUACAAUGAGAUAACGUUGUUUAUUUCAUCUGAACCAUUUUAGACACAACAUGUUAUCUUCUCUCUCGAUUUCAUUUCUUCUGAUCGUCGUCUGGCUUUACGAAUUCUGCAAAUGCCAGGAUCAUUGUAAAGAACGUGAAUGGAUGACUUUGGAAAAAGUAAUUUUUGAAAACCGGUCAUAUCGAUAUUCUCAGCACUAUAUGCAUUUACAGAGCAUCAGUAUUAACCAGUCUCAGCCAGCUGUGAAUGGAAGUUUCAGUAGACGCAAUGAUGGUACGUUAGUUAAACCGAAACUGUCGUUUAAAUAUUACAGUAGUCAGGUGACACAACUCGUUAUUUUCUCUUCUGGUGGAAUAAGUAUGCACGGACAAGACAGGUUAGGAUAUAUUAGUCCGUUUCGUUCAGACAAUACAUAUCCUGAAUUUGAGAUUUCGGAUGAGAAGGAAUUACUUGCUGUCAGAUGGUUUAUUAAUAAAGACGUUGAUGGUAAACAGUUUACAGCCAAGGUAACUUGCCUAAUACAUCCAAAUGGGAAGAUAAUGUUGUAUUAUGAUAACAUUCCAACGGAAAUUAAAGGAAUUGAAUGGAAACCGAAAAUCGUCGGUAAAUUCAGUUGUGGAGGAAAUGAAACAGUAUCUGAAAUAAUUACUCCUGAAACAUGGAUCAACAGUGGAACAUUGGUGGAAUAUGAAGCUGUCAGAAGUAUGUUAUAACUUAUUUAAUCAGCCAUCACUAUCUUCACACUUGAAAACGUCACUUUUAUUUCAACGAUUUGAACAUUCCAUGUAUAAUUUUAUUCUACUUCCACAUGAUAUCGAGGUAUCUAUCCUAAAUGACAUUUCACAUAUCAUUAAUAACUAGACAUCGAUUCGUUUGUUGAAUGAUGAAAAGGAUUGAAAAUCCAAUUUGAACCAAUAUUGAAGUCUUCACUUUGAUCAAAAAGUGACUUGACCACAAAGCAACAAAACGAUGUAUGAGAUGAUGUUAGUUCUGAAUAAAAUUAAGCGUCUGUUGGUUGAUUACGCGUUGACGAGGAAGUGUCCGUGUUUUCUUUUGGUACAUGUGAAAUGAAAUCUCGCUGAGGUAGUGAAUUCGCGAAUACUUCGGAAACGAUUGCCUAUUUUCCAAAAUCCUUGCUUUGUCAUACUUAUACGAUCAAUUGAAGGUAUGGAUAUGUCUAGUCUCCAAAUUACAAUUUAUCAUAGCCAGUUUAAGAAUUAUUUCCACAUUAUGAAAAUGUGUACCUUCUCAUAAACAUGUACAUUGAGUAAGUAUAAACAGAUUUUAGUUCACCAUGUUUUAGUCGACUAAAAUAAUAUUUUAAUCAGUGAGAGAAUCAUUCCAUGGUAUAAUAAUCAGAUCGCCGUCAAUAUUCUGCGAAUAAGAUAUUCCAGUCAUCAUCAGUGAAUCUUUACCGAUCCAACUAAUUUCAUAGAUUAACUGACAGCACAAAUAACAGAAUGGAGUUACAUACUUCGAUAUCAUCCAUCACAGUAGAUCGACUGAAA